GGCAGAGAUCGGUCUCUAGCACUGGUGCACCAUGUCGGUCAGCGUCCACGAGACCCGCAAGUCGCGGAGCAGCACCGGGUCCAUGAACGUCACCCUCUUCCACAAGGCCUCCCACCCGGACUGCGUGCUGGCCCACCUCAACACGCUGCGCAAGCACUGCAUGUUCACCGACGUCACACUCUGGGCGGGCGACCGCGCCUUCCCCUGCCACCGUGCCGUGCUGGCCGCCUCCAGCCGCUACUUUGAGGCCAUGUUCAGCCACGGCCUGCGGGAGAGCCGGGACGACACCGUCAACUUCCAGGACAACCUGCACCCCGAGGUGCUGGAGCUGCUGCUGGACUUCGCCUACUCCUCACGCAUUGCCAUCACCGAGGAGAAUGCCGAGUCCCUGCUGGAGGCGGGUGACAUGCUACAGUUCCACGAUGUGCGGGACGCGGCCGCCGAGUUCCUGGAGAAGAACCUCUUCCCCUCCAACUGCCUGGGCAUGAUGCUCCUCUCGGAUGCCCACCAGUGCCGCCGGCUCUAUGAGUUCUCCUGGCGCAUGUGCCUGGUGCACUUUGAGACCGUGCGGCAGAGCGAGGACUUCAACAGCCUGUCCAAGGACACGCUGCUGGACCUCAUCUCCAGCGAUGAGCUGGAGACCGAGGACGAGCGGGUGGUCUUCGAGGCCAUCCUCCAGUGGGUGAAGCACGACAUCGAGCAGCGGAAGGUCCACCUGCCCGAGCUCCUGCGCAGCGUGCGACUGGCCCUGCUGCCCUCUGACUGCCUGCAGGAGGCUGUCUCUGGUGAGGCCCUCCUCAUGGCGGACGAGCGCACCAAGCUCAUCCUAGAUGAGGCCCUCCGCUGCAAGACCAGGAUCCUGCAGAACGACGGGGUGGUCACCAGUCCCUGCGCCCGACCGCGCAAGGCGGGCCACACGCUGCUCAUCCUUGGGGGCCAGACCUUCAUGUGCGACAAGAUCUACCAGGUAGACCACAAGGCCAAGGAGAUCAUCCCCAAGGCAGACCUGCCUAGCCCCCGCAAAGAGUUUAGCGCCUCGGCAAUUGGCUGCAAGGUCUACGUGACAGGGGGCAGGGGCUCCGAGAAUGGAGUCUCCAAGGAUGUCUGGGUGUACGACACUGUGCACGAGGAGUGGUCCAAGGCGGCACCCAUGCUGAUCGCUCGCUUUGGCCACGGCUCGGCCGAGCUGGAGAACUGCCUCUAUGUGGUGGGGGGGCACACGUCUCUGGCCGGUGUCUUCCCAGCAUCGCCAUCUGUCUCCCUGAAGCAGGUAGAGAAGUAUGACCCUGGGGCCAACAAGUGGACGAUGGUGGCCCCAUUGAGGGACGGUGUCAGCAAUGCUGCAGUGGUGAGCGCCAAGCUGAAGCUCUUUGUUUUCGGGGGGACCAGCAUCCACCGGGACAUGGUGUCCAAAGUUCAGUGUUAUGAUCCCUUGGAGAACCGUUGGAUGAUCAAGGCUGAGUGCCCGCAACCAUGGCGCUACACAGCCGCUGCCGUCCUGGGCAGCCAGAUCUUCAUCAUGGGAGGUGACACAGAAUUCACAGCUGCCUCAGCCUACCGCUUUGACUGUGAGACCAACCAGUGGACGCGGAUCGGGGAUAUGACUGCCAAGCGCAUGUCCUGUCAUGCCCUGGCUUCAGGCAACAAGCUCUAUGUGGUGGGGGGUUACUUUGGGACCCAGAGGUGUAAGACCCUGGACUGCUAUGACCCCACUUCAGACACGUGGAACUGCAUCACCACGGUGCCCUACUCCCUCAUCCCCACAGCCUUUGUCAGCACCUGGAAGCACCUGCCUGCAUGAUGCGUACCUGCAGAGUCC